AUGGGCAAUAAGUUCCUAAACAUGGAGCUAAGUACAGCUCAGGAGAAGAGGGAAAUGGACCUCCACGAGCUAGAGGAGAUUCGCUUGGAUGCUUAUGAGAGUUCUCGAGAAUAUACAAGGAGAGAACUAAGGCCUUCCAUGACAAGAGAAUCACUCCCAAGGACCAUUCAAGGUCAAGGAAGUGUUGCCUUAUGGAGCCAUCACCCUAGUGAACAACAAUGGAGCGAGUUCACGGUUAACGGUCACCGGUUGAAGAAGUACAUGGGAGUCAAAGCAUUGGAGAAGGAAGUUCAAUCCGUCUCCAUGAUCCACCCCAAGCCUAAAAAGGCAAUGAAAGUCAAGCUAUGGACUCAAAACAAGCUCACUUGGGAGGAAGUCCCAUGUACAAUGGCAAAAACGAAGUUCACCAAUAAGCCACAAAGCGAGGAUGUGGAGAAGGCAAGAGAAGAAAAGCGUGAGGGGAAGAAGAAGAUGGAGUAUAGUGGAAAGAGGAAGAAAGGGAUGUUUAAGGAAUCAGCUCCGAAGUGGCCAGAGACUGCUGGGCAGGACAUGGACGACUCGAUGAUCCCAAGACCUUAUGGAGUCCAAGAACGCAUCCGUAUCUUGAUGAUGAGGACAUACUAUCAGAACCAGACCUCACUGAACCAGACUUGCAAGAUCAUAAGGCAAGCUACACUCAAGGCAGAUCAAGAGAAGGCUAAAGAAAAGGCAAUUAUGAUCGAGAUACAAGAUCAACCGGUUAUUGAAGCCAAUCAACCGGUUAUGGAGGCCAAUCAAAUACAACUUUGGAGUGAUGCAAAUGAGGCGGGACCGAGCUCUUGGAACCAAGAAGAAUGGCCGAUUCUUUCACUUAAAGCCCAAGUCCAAGUCUUCAAGAUUGAAUGGGAAGAAACCGGCGCCUAA